AGUCGCUAUGCAGGUUUUCUCCAAGAAGAGGCGAGGCGGUCAGCCAUCCACCUCCUCCGUUCCUCCCUCCUCAAGCAGCUCUACCGUGGUCGACACCGGCGAUGUGCUGCGCCGCUACGAGUGUGUCCUCGCGCACCUCUCGCAGCAGGCCAUAGAACAGCAGGCAGAGAUUCGUGCCCUACGGGUCGCCCUGCACCGUCAAGAAGGAGCGGUGUUGACAAGGCAGGCCCGGCAGCACCGAAGGAGGCGACACACGCGUCGUCACGGCUCCUAUGCCCCUCAUCAUGAAGAGCACGGUGUAGUUACACACGAUGAUGAUGCGGCGGUGGCGGUGGCGGAUGCGAAGGCUCAUUCAGAAGACGCAGCGAAUCCCUCCCUCCCCAUCACGGUGUCACCGCCUACGAGCCUGCGGAUGUCUCCCAUCGCCGCUGCCGAUGAGGCAGAGAUUGCAUCGGUGCGGUCACCCGAGCUCCGGCACGAUGAAGAUGGUGACGUGCGGAGGGCCAAUGUACGGCAUGCGCUGCCUUCGCCUUUGUCGCGUUGGGCGAGGAAAGUGGAGGGAGCUGCACAGGAAGACAACAUCAGCGGUGACAGUCAAGCCUUAUCCCUUUCGUCCACCUCAGCGUCAGCUCUUCAAAAGAGGCACGUAAAGGCUCCUUCACACGGGUGCCACACGAUGACAGAGGAGCUCGGUCUGACGCCCUCUCCUUUAUCCGCCGUGAAGCACCGCAACAGCACUCCGUCACCCACUUCGGGGACAACAGAAGGAGCGUGGGACAGAACAACUUUCCCUGGCACGCCGGAGGUGCUGAUCGACGAUCAAGACGCAAUGGAUUACUUGCUGACGGUGUUUUCAUCCAUCAAGAAGACAGCGGAAGUGGAAUCGGAGGUGCCUCGCAGGAAGCCAGCGGUGAUGCGUCAGCUCUUCCACGAGCACCGCCCUGACAACGUCUCCCAGCUUCCGCCAACACAAAACCUCAGCGAAAAACUGGCGUUCCGCGCCACCGGCGUUCACGAAGUCCACAGGCCCACCCGUGUCGCGGAGGAGGAAAACGGAAGUGCGGGCGAUGCGUCCGUCGAUGAGGCGCCGUUGCGAUCGCCGUCGCCCUCUCCUCUGAAGAGCUGCGGCGCCUCUUUCUCUCUCCAUCAGAGUGCGAGCGAGCUGGUGGAGGAGAUGAUUCAGUUCUUCACUGUAUGA